AUGUCGGCAUCACUUGCCUAUGCUACCCAACAAAUCAACAUCUACUUACGUUCAAUCGUGUUUGUAUGUGGUGUAACAAGCAACAUCUUCAAUAUUAUCGUUUUUCUUAGUCUUGCAACAUUCCGUGAAAGUUCUUGUGCAUUUUAUUUAACAACGAUGUCGUUUGUUAAUACUCUGCAAAUGUUUUUCGGUUUACUUCCUCGAACCAUCAAUGUCGCUUUCGGUAUCGAUUGGUCUAUCACAUCAUUAGCAUAUUGCAAAGUUCGUUAUUACUUUUUUCAAUCCUGUUCAGGUUUAUCGUACACUUGUAUGACAUUGGCAACCAUUGAUCAAUACUUAGCGACAUGUUCGAGUCCUUUUUGGCAACGCUGUAGUAAUAUUAAGUUAGCGCGUUGCUUGUUUGUUCUGAGUAUGAUCUUUUGGAUGUUACUCGGCAUUCCGGUUUUGUACUAUUAUAAUCUUAAUACAUCGACUGUGACAAAUCAGACGAUUUGUACCAUAACCAAUCCGGCAUUUCAACGAUAUUUCAGUUAUUUCAACUUACUUAUUUUACUGUGCUUGAUGCCAGUUGGAGUCACGAUUUUAUUCGGCAUUCUAGCUUAUCGAAAUGUGCAACAUUUGACUUAUCGAGCUGUUCCACUGGUUCGACGGGAAACCGACAAACAACUGACAGUUAUGGUAUUGAUUGAAGAUGUUUAUAAUCUAUUUUUCAUUCUUCCUUAUAUCACCGUCUAUGCAUUACAACUUAACUUAAGUGUUAAUACCGAUCCGACUUAUGCUGAUCGAAUUAAUCUUAUUUCAGCUAUCACAAGUGCGCUGUACUACGUUCCAUUUUCAAGUGCAUUUUAUAUUUAUGUUUGCGCCUCGGAACGAUUUCGACGACAAUUUCUCUAUGUACUGUUUAAGGUUCAUGUCAAUCGAUGUCGAAAAGACUUGGCAAGAAACCGAAUCUUACCGGACUAA